AUGGUUCCCAUGACCUGUAUUGUACUCUACCCUAUUGCUGAAAAACUACUAUUUGAACCAAUUCACUCUGUCCUUUUCUCUCCGACCCCAGAAGGACGCCGUGAGGGAAAUACCCUGACAGUACCUGGUCCCUUCGAGCACGCUCCGGCAGACCACAACAUAAGGAGAGUCGACAGUGGAUAUGGCCCUGGUUUGACUGAAGCCCCCGCCGCAGCCUUAGCUACACAUGCAUCCCCCAGCGAUGCCAACAACGUCCAUAAUCAGCCCGAAGCUGCUGCUGAGGGCUCAGGCCUGACAGUUACAGAGCCACACAUCGAGACCACACAAACCGGACUGGACGAUUCCCAGCUAUUGUUUUCAGCAUUCAGCAGAUACGAAAAGUUAUUCAUCGUGGUAAUGGUGACUCUUGCUUCAUUCUUCUCCCCUCUUUCCGGCCAAAUCUACUACCCCGUCAUGCCAACAUUGGUACGGAACUACCACCUCACCCCGGAGCUGAUCAACCUCACAGUCACAACAUAUAUGAUCUUCCAAGGCCUGGCCCCGAGUUUCAUGGGCACAUUCGCCGACACCGGGGGCAGACGUCCAGCGUAUAUUAUUGCGUUUGCAGUAUAUACCGCCGCCAACAUCGGGUUAGCAUUGCAGAACAGUUUCGCGGCGUUGCUUGUCCUCCGCUGUCUCCAGAGUGCGGGGAGCAGUGGCACAGUUGCCUUUGGAUAUGGCGUUAUAGCGGAUAUUGCCACAACAGCCGAGCGUGGGAAGUAUAUUGGACCCAUGGCAGCAGGUGUUAUGGUGGCGCCUGCAUUGGGUCCUGUUAUCGGUGGUCUUUUGGCCAAAUUUCUCGGCUGGCGCAGUGUCUUCUGGUUCCUGGUCAUUGUUAGUGGAGGGUACUUGGUGUUCUACGUGCUUGUUAUGCCAGAAACGGCACGCAAGAUUGUUGGCAAUGGCCGUGCCGUACCAAAUGAGUGGUGGCGCAGGUCGGUCAUCCAACGGUGGUCGAAUAGGCAGACACAGUCGGAUGAGGAAGGGCAAAUAGGCGCAGAAGGAUCUCAGCAACAGUCCCCGCAUACUAAGGGACUUAGGUUCCCGAAUCCUCUUAGGUCCUUUGCCAUUCUACUGGAAUGGGAUGCUUUAAUCAUCAUCUCGUACGUCGGGGUUGUGAUGUUCUCGAAUAUCGCUCUGCUGACAAGCACUCCCAAUCUCUUUGGUCCCCUGUACGGAUUCAACGAACUCCAGAUUGGGCUCUGUUUUUUGCCCCUCGGAGUAAGCUCCUGCCUCGGCGCAGUCCUAUAUGGGAAAAUCAUUGACUACAAUUACAAGCGGACAGCCCGGAAACUCGGAUUCCCAGUAGACCGGAAGAAAGGAGACGACUUGCGUAAUUUUCCAAUCGAGCGCACUCGCCUGCAAACGGUAUUCCCAGCAAUGGCCAUCGGUGUUGCGGCGUUCAUUCCAUAUGGCUGGGUCCUGCAGCAAAGAGUACACUUAGCUGCCCCGCUAGUACUGCAGUUCAUCAUAGGCUUCUGUUUCGUUGCAUCCCUGAACUGCCUCAACACCCUUCUUGUCGACCUGUUUCCAGACAAGCCCGCCACAGCUGCGUCGGCAUGCAAUUUUGUUCGUUGCUGUCUUGGUGCUGUUGGGGCUGCUGUCAUUAGCCAGAUGCUGAGUGGUAUGGGGUGGGGAUGGUGUUUUGUUUUUCUGGGUUUAGUCAUGGCUGUUGGGAUGGGGUUGCUCUGGGUUGAGAGUGUGUAUGGGAUGGCCUGGAGAGAGAAGAGGUUGCUUAAGAUCGAACAGAAGAAGAUGGAGAAGGAUGCGAGAACCGCUGAGAUUCAGGUCGAGGGAAAGGCUGAUGGGAGAGAACAGAAGGAUACUAAUGUUGCUGUUGCUGAUGCUGGUGUCACUGGAGGAACUGAUACUCGCCCAAACCAGUGA